AUGCAACUUAAAUAUUCCUGUAAUAUUAUGCCUGCUUUAGAUGGCAUGUAAAAAGUGAGCGGAUUAGCAUGGUCAUACAACGGGCAAAAACUUGGAGUAUGUACAGCUGAUAGGGUAAGAGAUGCUUAUAUAAAAUUAGAAAAUAUUAUUAUUUAAUGAUUAAUUGGGUAAAGAGGAUAAUUUCCCUACAAAGCCAUCAGACAAGACACAAUAAAAAUCUUAUGUUGUGAGAGCUAUUGAAUUUUCUCCAGAUUCAACUAAAAUAGCUGUUGCUCAAUCUGAUAAUAUAGUGUAUGUAUAUAAGAUUGGUGCAAAAUUUAAAGAGAAAAAGACUAUAUGUAAUAAAUUCCCAGCCUCUUCUUCAAUAACAACAUUAAUAUGGCCAGCAUAAAGAGAAAAUGAUAUCAUAUUUGGAUUAGCAGAGGGAAAGGUGAAGAUUGGAUUUUUGAAAAAUAAUAAAGUAAUGAAUUGUACUAAUGUUAUUAGUCUCAAAUAGCAUUCACAACAGAAUCCUAUGUUGUAAGUAUGGCAACUAAUAGAGAUGGAGAUGUAGUUGUAUCAGGCCAUCUUGAUGGAUCAGUAUACAGUUACAAUUUAGAUACUUAAUAAUCAUAAAAGUUAGUGGUACAUCAUUCUAUACCAUAUGCUUUGGCUUAUGGUUAACAUGUGGCAGCAGCUGGUAAUGAUCAAAAAGUCUCAUUUUAUGAUAAUUACGGUAAUCUAGUUUAAAGAUUUGAUUACACUUAAGAUGAAAGAUGUAAAGACUUUUCAGUAGGUGCUUGUAGUCCUAAUGGAGAUAUUAUAGUAUUAGGUAAUUUUAAUAGAUUUUAUCUUUAUACAUAUAAUCAAAAAAGAUCAUAAUGGGAAGAAAUAGGAGUUAAACAUAUAGAGAAUUAUUAUACAAUUACAGCUUUAUGUUGGAAGAAUGACUCAUCAAAAUUAAUAACUGGUUCAUUAUGUGGUUCUGUUGAUGCAUGGGAUAUUUCAAUGAAAAAGAUUAGAUUUAAAGGAAAAUAUGAUUUGAAUUAUAUUGGUCCAUCUUAAAUUGUCAUAUAAGUUUUAUCAACAAAUUAAUAAGCAGUUAUUAGAUCAUCUUAGGCUGAAAUAUCAAAGAUUGAUAUAAAAAAAGAGAGAUUUGUAGUUGCUAAAACACAUGAAACAUUGAUUGUAGGAGAUUUAGCUACAGGUAAGACAUCAGAAGUAAGUUGGAGAGGAAGUGGAAAUGAAAAGUUUGAUUUUACAAAUGAAAAUAUUUGUAUGGUAUUUAAUGCAGGUGAAUUAACUUUAAUAGAAUAUGGAAGUGAUCGUAUAUUAGGUACAUGUAGAACUGAACAUAUGAAAAAUUCACUUAUUAGUGCUAAAGUUAGUUAUACUGGUUAGAAUAAAACUAAAGUUAUUGCCUUUUUAUUAGAUUUAUAAACACUUUAAAUAUAAGAUUUAACUACUAAAAGUAUUAUUGCUACAAUUGCUCAUGAUACAAAAAUAGAUUUCUUAGAAUUGAAUUCUCAUGCAAAUAGAUUAAUAUUUAGAGAUAAAAGAAGAUAAUUGUAUUUAUAUUCAAUCAAAAAUGCAUUUAAACAUACUUUAUUAUCAUUUUGUAAUUAUGCUUAAUGGGUACCAGAAAGUGAAGUUAUAGUUGCUUAAAAUAGAAAUAAUUUGUGUGUUUGGUAUUCUAUUGAAAAUCCUGAUAAAGUUACACUUUAUACAAUAAAAGGAGAUGUAGAAGAAAUUGAAAGAAUUCCAAGUACACCUACAUAAGCUGGUUCUACUUCUGUUAUUGUAAGUGAAGGUUAAAGCAAAGUUGCUUAUAAAUUGGAUUAAGCAUUAAUUGAAUUUGGAUUUGCAAUUGAAGGACGUGAUCUUGAAAAGGCAGCUUCAAUUUUAGAUAAAUUAGAAUUGACAUCUGAUACUGAAGCAAAUUGGAAAGUUUUAGCAUAAUUAUCUUUGGAAGAAUAAAAUUUAUCUGUAUCUGAACAUUGUUAUGCUGCUUUAGGAGAUGUUGCUAGAGCAUCUUAUUUGAGAGGUAUUAAUAGACUUAUAUAAAAAUAUUAUGAAGAAACUGGUAAGAAGGAUGGAAUAUCAUAUUAUAAAGUCUAAUCUAAAUUGGCUAUUUUAGAUAAAUAAUUUACUAAAGCUGAAGAAUUAUUACUUAAUCAUAAUGAAGUAAAUGAGGCUAUGGGAAUGUAUUAAGAUUUACAUAAAUGGGAUGAAGCUAUUAAAAUUGCUGAAAAGAGAGGUCAUGAAUAAGUUAAAGUUCUUAAAGAAAAUUAUUAUUAAUGGUUAAUUGAAACUGGAUAAGAAUCUAAGGCAGCUGAAUUAAAAGAAAAUGAAGGUGAUUUUAUUAAUGCUAUUAAUCUUUAUUUAUAAGGUGGAUUACCAGCCAAAGCUGCAAAUAUUGUAUUUAAUUGUAAUAUGUCUUUCCCAUAAGAUUUAUUGGAAAGAAUUGCUUAAUCUUUAGCUUAAAGUGGUAUGUAUGAAAAAGGUGGAGAAUUCUAUGAAUAAAUGGAAGAUGAUUAAUAAGCUUUGAAUUGUUAUAUUAAAGGAAAUGUAUUCAAAAAGGCAGUUGAAUUAGCUAAAAGAAAAGAUCCUAAAUUAGUUAAAUAAUUGGAAGAAAGUUGGGCAAAUUAUUUAGUUGAAAACAAAGAAACAGAAAGUGCCAUUAAUCAUUAUGUAGAAGCAGGCAAAUUUUAGAAAGCUAUUGAAGCAGCAGUCUAUAGUAGAUCAUGGACUAAAGCUAUUUAAUUAUUAUAAAAUUAAUCAGCUGAAGUUUCAAGACCUUAUUAUAGAUAAGUUGCUAAACAUUAUGAAGAUGUUAGAUAAUAUGAUUUUGCUGAAAAAUAUUAUAUUAAGGCUAAUUCUCCUAUUGAAGCUUUUGAAAUGUAUGUAAAAGCUAGUAAAUGGGAUAAAGCACUCUCUAUAGCUAGAGAAUAUUUACCUGAGGAAAUUGUUUAGUUAUAUUUGAAUCAAGGUAAAAAGUUUGAAUAAGCUGGUAAAUACAAAGAAGCUGAAAAAUUAUAUUUAACAGUUUAGGAGUAUGAUACUGCUAUUCAAAUGUACCAAAAUCUAUCAUAAUAUGAAAGUGUUAUAAGAAUUGCCAGUAAAUUCACUCCUUAAAAAUUAAAGGAUAUUCAUUUGGGAAUUGCAAAAAAAUUAGAAAGAGAAAAUAUACUUAAAAGAGCUGAACAACAUUAUAUUGAAGCUGGAUCAUGGCAUUUAGCUAUGUAAAUGUACAAGACUCAUAAUCAAUGGGAAGAAGCAAUCAGAUGUUGUAAAAUGUAUGGAUCAGAAAAAGAAACAUGUUAAUAAGCUAAAUUAUGGGCAGAAUCUCUAGGGCCAGAUGCUGGAUUGAAAAUGCUUCAAAGAUUAAAUUUAGUUGAUGCUUUAAUAGAAUAUUAAUCAGACAGACAUGAAUUUGAAGAAGCAUUCAAAUUGGCUAAUUUACAUGCUAAACAUAAAUUGUAGGAUGUACAUUUCAAGUAUGCUUGUCAUUUGGAAGAUGAAAGAAGAUAUAAAGAAGCUGAAGAAAACUUCAUUAAAGCAGGAAAAGCAUCAGAAGCCAUUAACAUGUAUGAACAUCUGGGAGAUUAUACCAGUGCAUUAUAAGUUGCUCGUCAAUAUGAACCAUAAUCUGUUACUUAAAUCUUAAUUAGCUAAGCCAAAUUCUUUAUUGAGAAGAAGGAUCUUUAGAAAGCAGAAUAAGCUUAUAUUUAAGGUAAAAGACCUGAAUUAGCAAUAAAAAUGUAUGUUGAUUAAGGUAAUUAUCCAUUGGCUUUGAAAAUUGCUAAGAGUCAUGCUCCUCAUAUGGUAGCAGAAUUAAAUAAUAAAUAUGGUAAUGUAGCUAAUACAUAUAAUAUGACAGGAGAGGAUUUAUAUUAAAGUGCUUAAACUUGGGAAGAAUAAAGAGAUUAUUUAAAGGCUAUAGAAAUCUAUUUGGAAGUUACACCUUAAAAUACUUAAAGUGAAGAUGUAAUGACUAGAGCAUGGGAAAGAGCUAUAUAGAUAGCAGCCAAUUAUGAUAAAGAUAAAUAUCCAAGAAUUGUAUAAAUAGUUUGUAAGAGAUUAAUAGAAAUUAAGAAAUUAGAAACAGCAGCAUAUCUUUAUGAAUAAGUUGGAUAAUAUUAAGAAGCAGUAACUACUUAUGUUUAAGGUAGAGAAUUUGAGAAAGCAAAGUAAGUUGCUUAAAUGAUUAAUAAUAAAGAAUUAAAUACUAAAUUAAUGGAUUACAUUACCAAAGAAUAACGUAAAUAUGGAGCAUCAACAGGAUAAGCUAAUGUAAUGAUUGAAACUGGAGAUGUUGCUGCUGCUAUGGAAAUGUUAGCUUAAAAAAAUGAUUGGGGAUAAUGCUUAUAAUUAGCUGAUAAACAUGGUGUUGAAUAUUUAAAUAAAUAUUUAAUGAGAUAUGUUAAAAUUACUAUGUAAUAAGGUAGAUUCAGUGAAACAAUUCAAUCAUUAGCUACUUAUGGANAAGGUAAAAAGUUUGAAUAAGCUGGUAAAUACAAAGAAGCUGAAAAAUUAUAUUUAACAGUUUAGGAGUAUGAUACUGCUAUUCAAAUGUACCAAAAUCUAUCAUAAUAUGAAAGUGUUAUAAGAAUUGCCAGUAAAUUCACUCCUUAAAAAUUAAAGGAUAUUCAUUUGGGAAUUGCAAAAAAAUUAGAAAGAGAAAAUAUACUUAAAAGAGCUGAACAACAUUAUAUUGAAGCUGGAUCAUGGCAUUUAGCUAUGUAAAUGUACAAGACUCAUAAUCAAUGGGAAGAAGCAAUCAGAUGUUGUAAAAUGUAUGGAUCAGAAAAAGAAACAUGUUAAUAAGCUAAAUUAUGGGCAGAAUCUCUAGGGCCAGAUGCUGGAUUGAAAAUGCUUCAAAGAUUAAAUUUAGUUGAUGCUUUAAUAGAAUAUUAAUCAGACAGACAUGAAUUUGAAGAAGCAUUCAAAUUGGCUAAUUUACAUGCUAAACAUAAAUUGUAGGAUGUACAUUUCAAGUAUGCUUGUCAUUUGGAAGAUGAAAGAAGAUAUAAAGAAGCUGAAGAAAACUUCAUUAAAGCAGGAAAAGCAUCAGAAGCCAUUAACAUGUAUGAACAUCUGGGAGAUUAUACCAGUGCAUUAUAAGUUGCUCGUCAAUAUGAACCAUAAUCUGUUACUUAAAUCUUAAUUAGCUAAGCCAAAUUCUUUAUUGAGAAGAAGGAUCUUUAGAAAGCAGAAUAAGCUUAUAUUUAAGGUAAAAGACCUGAAUUAGCAAUAAAAAUGUAUGUUGAUUAAGGUAAUUAUCCAUUGGCUUUGAAAAUUGCUAAGAGUCAUGCUCCUCAUAUGGUAGCAGAAUUAAAUAAUAAAUAUGGUAAUGUAGCUAAUACAUAUAAUAUGACAGGAGAGGAUUUAUAUUAAAGUGCUUAAACUUGGGAAGAAUAAAGAGAUUAUUUAAAGGCUAUAGAAAUCUAUUUGGAAGUUACACCUUAAAAUACUUAAAGUGAAGAUGUAAUGACUAGAGCAUGGGAAAGAGCUAUAUAGAUAGCAGCCAAUUAUGAUAAAGAUAAAUAUCCAAGAAUUGUAUAAAUAGUUUGUAAGAGAUUAAUAGAAAUUAAGAAAUUAGAAACAGCAGCAUAUCUUUAUGAAUAAGUUGGAUAAUAUUAAGAAGCAGUAACUACUUAUGUUUAAGGUAGAGAAUUUGAGAAAGCAAAGUAAGUUGCUUAAAUGAUUAAUAAUAAAGAAUUAAAUACUAAAUUAAUGGAUUACAUUACCAAAGAAUAACGUAAAUAUGGAGCAUCAACAGGAUAAGCUAAUGUAAUGAUUGAAACUGGAGAUGUUGCUGCUGCUAUGGAAAUGUUAGCUUAAAAAAAUGAUUGGGGAUAAUGCUUAUAAUUAGCUGAUAAACAUGGUGUUGAAUAUUUAAAUAAAUAUUUAAUGAGAUAUGUUAAAAUUACUAUGUAAUAAGGUAGAUUCAGUGAAACAAUUCAAUCAUUAGCUACUUAUGGAAUGCCAAUCAUUUAAUAAAAUUAUCCAAUUUAUGAGAAUUUAGCCAUAGAAAUCUUUGUAGAAUGUGAUCCAAAAGAAUUAAAAUUACUUAGAUAAGCUUUGUAUGGAUUUAUAUAAGGAUUAGAAGCUGCUCAUGAAUUAAAAAGUGAAACUGGUAAGAAAUUCUUAAAAUUUGGUAUUGUUGCUCAUUUACUCAAUCUUAGAAAUUAAUAUGCUUAAGAUGGUAUUGUUAAAUUACAUGCUUAAACUUGUAUUUCUUUAUUAAGAUACUGUGAUUUAGUAAGAAUUGAUUAAUUGUAUUUGGAUGCUGGAAGAGUUGCUAAGAAAACAAAUUAAUUAGGAUUAGCAUUUGUUUUAAUGAAUAGAUAUUUAGAUAUAUAUGAAGUUAUUGAAGAUCCAGAUAAUAAUAAUGGUUUAGGAGAUGGAGCAGAAUUCUAAAAUAGUGAUUUACCAUCACCUUAUGAUGUACCAAUGCCAGAAAAGAAUUUAAUAUCUGACAAAGAAAAAGAAGAAAUAAGAGAUUGGUUACUAUAAUUAUCUGUAAAUCAAAAUUAAGAACCAGUAUUACCAACUAGAUAAUGUGAUUGUGGAUAUUAAAUAUAUGAUGCUUCAUUAAAGUAAUUAUAUAAAUAUAAUUAUUUAGAUGCUUUAAAUGUAAGUAAACAUGGGAGCCUUGCAUUAUAACUGGUAUGCCACUUCUUAAGAAUUAAACAAUUAAUUGUUAAUCUUGUGGAAAAGGGGCACUAAAAGAUGCAUGGAAUACAUAUUUACAAGCAUAUCCUACCUGUCCAUGGUGCAAUAAACACGCAAAAUGA